GUGUGCUAGGCUUGCGCGACAUUCAGCUGAGCGUUCCGGAGGCAGUAGGGGUGGGCUCGAGUGCCACCCUCGGCUGCCGCUGGGCUCUGGACACGGGGGAGGCUCUUUACACUGUCAAAUGGUAUCAUGGCGCUCAAGAGUUCUUUCGAUUCGUGCCUAAGGAGCUGCCAAACACCAGAGUUUUUUCUCAGACAGGAAUCAGCGUUGACGUUUCUCGUUCCGGAGCGCAGCAGGUGGUGUUGCGCGGCGCGACGCGAGGCCUCAGCGGCCGCUACCGCUGCGAGGUGUCCGCCGACGCGCCCUUCUUCCACACCGUUUACAAAAGCGCUUACAUGAGGGUUGUAG